AUGCAUAUUUAUCACUAAUUUUAUCGUGUUUGAAUGAAAGAAAAAUUAAAGUAAAUGGAGUUGAAAAUCAUGGUAUGUGUAGUAUAAAACAAAUCAACCAGCCUUUAUCUUCUUUAAUUUCUCUACCUUUUGAAUUGGUUUCAUGGCCACCAUCUACAAUUCUCCCUUCCCUCACUGCACCAUCAUAUCUGCUCCAUCAUCUACCACAAGAAGACCAGUGAAUAAAACUGAUAUCUCAUUGCUGCCAGUUUCUCAUUUUACAAGAAGAGAUUUCCCAAGGACAAGAGUGGCUGUUUCAUUCCCUGCUGGUAAUUUAACUAAUGCAGAUUACUUGGAAACAGAAUUCAGUGGGCAUGAACAUGGAGUCACCUUCACUCAGAUAAGCGACAGCUGUGUGGUGCGGAUGGCGUUAGAGAGUGGAAGUGUGGCCAAUAUUCUGCUCCCAAGUGGUUUGAUCACUUCAUACAAAGCUGAAAUGUGGCAUGGGGGUGUUUUGGAGAUUUUGCAUACCUCUGUGUCACAAGGGGAGGAGGAAGAUGGCAGUGCUGUGAUUCAAGGAGGAGUAUCCGUAGCCGUUGAUUGCAGCAAUGAUCAAGGGCUCUCAUGGUCUCCAAAAACUUGGGCUUUUCACCAACUUAAAGGAAGUCCUAAAGAAGACUUCAUUCAGGUAGAGCUGAUCAGCAAGAACACAGAGGCAAAUGUUGAAAUCAAGCAUAUUGUUACUCUGAAACAAUAUUGUCUAAAGUCGGAGAUACACAUUUUCAAUCACAACACUUCACCUCUCAGAAUGUCGGGAUCAGUUCUUGGCCACCUGACAGUAAGUACACCAGAAGCAACCUAUGCUGUGGGACUGGAACACUCUGAUUUCAUCAAUCGACCUCCAUUCUCAACUGGGACUGGAAUCAUUCCACCGGGUUUUGGAAAAAGAAAGAAUCAGACUUCCAGCAACUUCUGGGAUCCUGCAGGAAUUUUUUCUAGAUCACAUACAAGAAAUGCAGAGGAAAAAGCUGAGGGAGAAUCAGAAGAUGAGAUAGAGGGUGAAGAAACAGAUAACUACAAGUGCUUGACAGAUGAAAUGAGCAAAAUUUACAGACAUGCUCCUAGAAACAUUACAAUCAUUGAUAGGGGUAGGAGAAACUCAGUGAUAGUGGGAAGGGAGGGGUUCAAAGAAGUAUACAUACUCAGUCCAGGUUCAAAACAUGAAUCGUACGGGAAAUAUGCUUACAUUUGCAUAGGACAAGCUGCUGUGCUGGAACCAAUCAUCGUGGAAUCUCAAGGUGAAUGGAGAGGAGUGCAUCGUUUACACAAUCCAAAUACCUGAUGUCCUGAUCCACCCACCAUUUCUUUACGCUGUAUAUGUUCUCAGAAUAACACGUGAAAUCCACUAGUCUGGUUCUAAAUUUA